CGGCACGGUAAACGGGCUGGUUUACCUUAAGGAGUGCCUACAGAAGCGCUUACUACCACUAUUGAAGCAGCACGAGGGCCCGACCAUCUUCUGGCCGGAUCUCGCUUCGUGCCACUAUUCAAAGGACGUGUUGGAGUGGUACUAAGCCAAUGGGGUCACCUUCGUGCCAAAGGAAAUGAACCCGCCCAACGCGCCGGAGCUUCGCCCAAUAGAGAAAUAUUGGGCGAUUAUGAAGCAGGCCCUCCGGAAGAACCCGAUAGUUGUUAAAUCGGAGGCGGACUUCAAGAGAAAAUGGAUUUCUGUUAAAAAAAACUACAACCUGACGUUGUACAGAACCUUAUGGACGGGGUAAAGAGGAAGGUGCGAGCAUACGGGCUUGGGCUCGAAGUAUGAAUAAAAAGAAAAUGCCAAAAGUUAUUUAAUAGUUUUUAUUUUACUGUCUAAAAUUUUCAAAAGGAUCGGUCUACUGGGCGAAUUUUUACAGCGUUUUUUUCCGUGAUGCAAUUUGAUGUGACACACCCUUUAGAAAGAAAAGUAGAAAUGUGAAAUGCGUACUUGAUUUUGUUGCUCGUGUCUAUUUGACUUCAUUUACAUUAGAUCACAUUCCAUUAGUUUACAGCAAUUUUAGAAUGAAAUGCCAUUCCUACUCUAACCCAUAAACCAUAACCCAUCCGACCACCCACAAGCAGUCAAAGAGAGCCACAGACUUCCACCACAAUCUCGACCAUUAAAAUAUUUUUUAAUGUCCAUUCCGUCGAGUGUGGCUUGUAAGCUUUUACCCCGAUCGUUCGUGAUUUUUCCUUUGCUCGCCCAGAAUCUCGGGUGGCAGAGCAGCUGCCGCAGUGACUGCUCCCAAAUAACAAACCCUCCCAGUUUCACUCGAGACCCACAUUGAUGUGCUCAUUUUUCUCCCGUUUCAAAUCUAUUGCACGGAAACGCAACCUCAAUCUUCCCUCACUUCCCUUUCAAUUUGAAUAUAAUUAAUGGUGCAGCGUAGUUUAUCUCCGUUUCACAAUGUUAGUCGUCCCUUAAAACUACUGCUCCCAGAAAGGCUCCGCAGUCGCCAAGCGGCGUCCAGUGACCGCCGAGAGUCGUCGCUGCCAACAACAAAAUUAUCGAACUGUGCGCCGCAGUCUGGGACUCAUCAAGGCACGGUUCACGGUAUUCGUAUUCCGGCUCGGCACAGCCUCUCUCUCUCUCUGUCUCGUCCACUCAUCUGACUCAUCCCAUCAUUCCCCGGGUGCGGCGCGCGAAUUGAGUGUCCACACCACCGAGGCGAUGAGGUUCAUCGCUUGUUGUUUUUCCCGUCCUUGCUGAAUGCUACUACCCUCAUUGUAGUGGUGCUUCCCAGGCUCAGAAAGACCAAUUGCUGCCAUUGCCGCUGCCGCUGCUCCCAGGCAGAAGCAUAGGAAAGCGCCCAAAAACGAAGAUUGCUGAGGAAUUGAAGGAAAACAACGAAUUUUUCGUAACGUACAAACUGUCCGUGACGGUGAAGAGCAAGAAAAGCGUUUGUGCGUUUGUGUGUGUGUGUGUGUGUGUGUGGGUGUCUAUGUGCCAGUGGAAAAAGCGAAAAGUAUCGACGAGGGGGGCAAAAAAUCAGUUACUUCCAAUCGCCUGACCAAACACUCCUUGCACCCGGGCAAAGGCCCGACACUGCGUCUAGUAAUAAUUAAAUUGCUAGCGGAUCCGGAAGUGAUCGUCGUUUAACGGGGUGAGUUGACGAUUUCAGAAGCUAUUAGUGACGAGAGAGCAAAAAAUAAACAAACAAAAACUCGAUUAAAUAUGCACCACUGAUAGCGAGUUGUAGACAUUUCGUCAGUGACGUUUAAGUGUGAUUUGUUUUUUGUUAAUUCGUUGCGUUAAAGUUGAUGCAAUGCAAAUUAGGCAACGGAACUGCUGGUCGACAUUAAAUCAAACCGUGGUGCAAUGGAACAACUUGAGUGUUAGUCGGAUGAACCCGUGUGCGUUUCUGAGUGGAGACGAAGGAGCUAAGGAUCGAAGCGAAUAGCCGCUCGGAUCGGAAAAAGUGUCUGAGCAAUGAGCAGUGCGGAAAAGUUGCGCAAUGUUAUCAUCGUUUGGUUUGCUUUGAAAAUGUUUGAGAGAAUAUGCUGCAUGCCGGAUGUCCGCGCGACAUGCCGAACGGUGCCGGGCCUAACGCGCGAACAGUUGGAACUAUGCUACCGGGCGAGCGAUGUGACAGCGGCGGCCAUCGAGGGACUAGAACUGGGGGUCAGAGAGUGUCAGCAUCAGUUUCAGUGGCACCGGUGGAAUUGCUCCUCACUGAGUACCAAAAGCCGAAAUCCGCACACUUCCAACAUGUUGAAGCGAGGCUACCGCGAGAGUGCAUUUGCCUAUGCGAUUGCUGCAGCAGGAGUGACCCACAGUGUGGCACGUGCCUGUGCUCAGGGCAGGCUGAUAUCCUGCGGUUGUGAUCCGGCCGUUAAUCGGAAGGGGAUGACCAAAUCGUUGCGAGAGAGUCUAGAGAAAGAGAAGCUGCGUUUCCUGGAUGCCAUCAACGAGAACAGCAUUUUAGUGGAUGAUAGCUUGAAGAAGUUGAAAACCAAACAAGCCAGCCGAUGGAAAUGGGGAGGCUGCUCUCACAAUAUGGCCUUCGGGGCGGAAUUUUCCGAAUUAUUUUUGGACACAAGGGAGAAGGGAGGCGACAUCCAGUCGCAGAUCAAUUUGCACAACAAUCAUGCUGGACGGAAGGCCGUUAGCAACAACAUGCAGGUUCGCUGCAAGUGCCACGGCAUGUCUGGCAGUUGCCAGUUGAAAACAUGUUGGAAAUCGGCACCAGAUUUUCGAGUGGUCGGCAAAGUCUUGAAGCAACAGUACCGCCGGGCAGUGCUCGUAGAUCAGUCCAAUUUGGGGAACGGUCCACCGAUGAUCGUUUACCACAAACCAAAGAAGCGAAAGCACGUCAAGAAUGUCCGUCCACCGCGGCGUACGAAGGACAAACAGCACCAACUCGCCCUGAUAGACCGUGCGAGUCGCAAGAUGGAGAACGCGCUGUUCUACUACCAAAGAUCACCAAACUUUUGCGAGCGGGACCAAAUUUCGGACAUUCCAGGAACAGUUGGUCGGCGCUGCAAUCGUACCAGCAGUGGUAGCGAUGGUUGCGCCUCAAUGUGCUGUGGCCGAGGCUACAAUCUGGUCCGGGAGAAGCGGGUGGACCGGUGCAACUGUAAAUUCCACUGGUGCUGCUACGUGGAGUGCGAUGAUUGCGAAGUUGAGGAAUGGAUUAGUGUUUGCAACUGAAACGGCAAACCGUUGGUUAUGCUCAAAUAGCGAAAUGAUUGUAAAAUGUCAACUGUCGGAUAGAUAUAUCGAACGACAAAUCUAAAUCGUGAUAAACGAAAAGCUUAUUUGCGGUCGCGUACGUCGGGCUUUCGAUGGUUGAACUCGAAGUAUAAGAAGUAUACAGAUAAAAAAAAGGGACUUUGGGCCGCGAAAGCGCUAUAUUUGCACAUGACACAAGUAGCCCGAAGAAAGUAUUCAACUGACAUCAAUUAAUGCUAAAAUGAAAUAUUUACAAUAAUCGCGAACAACGAGGGAAACCACUGUGUGUUCCCAUGAACAGUAUUACGUAGAACGGUACCGAUUGACGCAAAUCUACCAACUACUAGCUAAUAUUAAUUAUUAUACCUUCAAUUAUAAACCGUAUUUCGCUAGGCUCUAAUUUAAGUUAAUUAGUUUUAUUUAUUUGUUCUGUUCCGUACCUGUAUAUACCAUUCGCAAUAGGAUUAGACUCGAGCAGUAUAACGCAUGCUUACUGACAACCAACGUUUAAUCGAUCGAACUGUACCGUGGACACUGUUACUUAGAUGAUAGCUAUACAUUUAAUAAGUUAACUUAAUUUAUACACGAUUGUGAAUAAUGUAAAUUGAACGCAAAGUGGCUCAUUAAAUAAAUAACACAAAUUAGUGAUGUGCUGUAAUAUACAUUUAAACGAGCGCUAGUUUGAAGAAAAACAGGAAGUGGGUUAUAUCUAUGGUAUAACCGCAAGGGUGACGUAGGACUAUCGUUGAUUUAGAGAUCAUUUGUUGAAGUUGAAUCUAAAUCCAUUCUGAAUGAAUGAAU